UAGUGCAGAAUCUUAUUUCUUUUUCAUUUUACAUCAUAACUUUUCUUUGAGAAUAAUCUGACAAAUUCCAAAAACUUUCAGUUUAUUUCAAGAUUUAAAUGGGAUAUUAAAUCCCAGAUGUUUAAUGUUAUCUCAGACCUUUGGAUCCCACUGUAUAUCUGGUAAGAUCCGGGAAUGAUGGACUGAUUGUCAACGUUUUUCUUUUUAAACAAACGUUGAGUGCAUCAGCAAAACCCUAGAAUAAUCUUUUGGGUAGACGGGCCACUUUAUUUGACAUGUAAUUUAUCACUGACUUCAAAUCCACACGUGAUCUGGAACACACCCAUAUGCAAAGCAGACCGGCUCAAUGGGUUUCGACUGUGUGGAGGUGCAAUAGAAGUCUCGUCUCUCUUUGUUUGAUAAGGCAGGCAGGUGAACUUUGGCCCUUCCGUAGGCCGACAGGUGACAGGUAAUCCAACAAAGCAAUGUUCCUGGAUUAAACCCUGGAUCUUCUUUGAGGUACAGUAUGUUAAUAUUGAAGUCUAUUUCCUAUAAUAAUAUUUAAUUUAAUUUUCAUGGGUUUUGAAUGAAAUAUGAUCUGUCUCCUUUUACCUAGUAAACACUGUAUUGAAAGGUGUACUGAACAAACACUGUCGUAAUAAAAAAGGGCUUGUCCUCAUUCACGGUAGCAAGAUUCCAUAUUUAUUUCAUAAAUAAGUGCAGACACUUUAUAGUAUCAUCGUUUCUUAAUAAAGAUUAAAUUUUUUAAGAUUCUCCAGUAAUGUGGCAGAAGCAUUGUGGACAUUAAUUAUAUAAUAAUUAUGCUUUAAGCAGAACUGUUUGACUAGAUUGAUUAUAAGAGCUUAAUAUUUUCUUAGUUUGAUUAUAAAAUAGACCUAUUUGGAAUGAAUCCGAGACAGAAUAAUCUGAGGUUCAUGAAACAUGCAAGGACUCUAUGCAUACCUUGUAAUCAAACAAAGAAAUUUCCAAACAAUGUUCAUGACAAAGACACACCUAGAAAAACUAAAUUCCUGAGGUUUAGACAGUCAAGUUAAUCGAAUGGACAGGAUUAAUUUUGAAGCAUUAAAAGUGGUCCUCCCAUAAAUUGCUGUUUGUUUCUAAAUGCCUUGCGUUUAUUUUAAGGUUUUGGAUGUUGGUAUGAGAAGAAACAUGGAUGUUUUCAGAGUGGGGCUUUUUCUUCUGAUCAUCGGGGGGGUGUCUGCUCAGGUGCAACUAGAACCUCAAAAUGCAGCUGUCCUCCGUGGAUCGAAGGCCCAUUUUAACUGCAGCACAACUCAGUCCCUGUCUGUCAUGACCUGGAUAGUUAACGGACGCUUGGUUCUUACCAUUCUGGAAAUGGGAGUGUUGAACAGUACAGAACGUUUUUCUGCCAGAAAUCUUACCACGCCUGGAAAUUACAAGUGGGAGUUUACAAUUAGCACUGUACAGAGAGACGAUGCUGGGGAAGUCACCUGUCAGGUUUUGGGUGGGGAUCCUCGGAUAGCAACACUGUCUGUACAAGAACGUGGCAAUGUGGAGAUUAUAGGAGGAAAUCGCACUGAAAUAGAAGGAGUUCAGAUGGAGUUAGAGUGUCAGGCCAUAGGCUGGUUUCCAAAGCCCAACGUGUCUUGGUCCAUAAAUGGGCUGUCAAUGGGAAACUGCAAUAGCAGCUCUAUAGCUCAGGGAAAUCUGUUUAACUCCAACUGCUCGCUGAAGCUCACAGCGGUCAAAAAUUCUUCUGUCCAGUGUUUUGUCUCAGUUCCUGCCCUGAGUACACCAGAAAGCAGCACUGUCUUUCUUACAGUCGAGUCCACCAAGAAGGCCACCAUAAGAGACCAGACGGUAUUGAUCUCAGUCACUGUGGCCUUCAGUGCUGCUGCUCUCCUAUUUCUUCUCAUCUUUGGAAUUAUUUUCUGCUGCAAGAGGAGGAAGAGAAAAAAAUCAACUUACCACGACGAGGUCAGGAGGGCACAAUCGCAGUCACAGAAUAGGAUGCCAGCAAAUGUGAGAGGAAGGGACAACCGGGGAUACAUUACAGAUGGACGUGACGUACGAGACACCAAUGGUGGAAUCUGGCACACAAACUUUAACAAACAGCAGAUGCCCUAUGCAAUAAAUAACUUUAAUGAAGAUGAUCUGAGGAAGCACAGGCAUGCAACCAUUGUUUAGAGACUAAAACUGAGAGGGGAACCUUUAUGUUGGAAUUCACAGUCAUCAGAAACUCUGGCUCUCCUCUGCUGUGCAUAAAUUGUAUAAUUGUAAGUUUAAUUACAAAAGAGUGUUGAGGGACUACAAAACAUAUGUGCAAUGGCCAGAAAUACCAGCACACACUGUGAUCUUCAUCUGCAAGAUUAUUUAUUGGAUUUAUUGGACAUAUAUUAUAUACGGUGGCACCAAAAACUAUUUAGACAUUUAAGCCACACUGAAAAAUGUAUGAUUGUCUUUGCAUUAUAUAACAAAAUAUCAAACCAAGUGGCAUUUAUUUUAAAUAACUAUAGCACAAACACACUUAGCAUUUCUUAGCAACACUUAGCAAAAGAAAUUCGUUAGGUUUUCAAAUUGGAGACAAAACAUACUGGUAUACUUAGUGAUUGUGAAACCUGGAAUAUAUAUUCAUAGUUGAAGUAACAGUGGCCAUGGCACCACUUGGUUGAGUAGUUGCAAAGAUGGUUCAGAAAAGUAAAGUUAGUAAAAAAUAAAAGACCUAGCAUCAUUUGUCUGCAAGAGCCACUUGGUUUAAUUUUUUUGCUUUUCCAGAGCAAUAAAAUUCAUAAUGUUUUAAGAACACCUUAAAGGGAUAGUUCACCCAGAAAUGAAAAUUCUCUCAUCAUCUACUCACCGUCAUGCCAUCCCAGAUAUGUAUGCCUUUUUUUCUUCUGCAGAACACAAAUGAAGAUUUUUAGAAGGAUAUUUCAGCUCUGUAGGUCCAAAAAAUGCAAGUGAAUGGUUGCCAAAAUUUUGACGCUCCAAAAAGCACAUAAAGUCAUCAUAAAAGGCAUCAUAAAAGUAAUCCAUACAUCUCCAGUGUUUUAAUCCAUAUUUUCAGAAGUGAUAUGAUAGGUGUGGGUGAGAAACAGAUCAAUAUUUAAGUCGUUUUUUUGCUAGAAAUUCUUGUCCCUGCCCAGUAGGGGGCGGUAUGAAUGAAGAAUGUGAAUCUCCAAAAACACAAAAUGAAGAAUGUAAAAGUGAUCUGUUUCUCACCCACACCUUUCUCACCAUCAUAUAACUUCUGAAGACAUUGUUUUAACUCUGAAGUCAUAUGGAUUACUUUUAUGCUGACUUACGUGAUUUGUGGUGCUUCAAAAUUGUGGACCAAAAGAGCUGAAAUAUUCUUCUAAAAAUUUUCAUUUGAGUUCAGCAGAUGAAAGAAAGUCAUAAACAUCAGGGAUGGCAUGAGGGUGAGUAAAUGAUGUGAGAAUUUUCAUUUCCAAAUACUUUUUGGAGGCCAAUAUGUAUUAUAUUUUGGAUUUCUUUUCUACCUUUGAUCAAGUUAUCAACAGUGGAGUUGUGUGAUAUAUACUGACUGUAUAUUUUUGUUACCAUUGCAUGUUUGAACUUAAGAACUCAAAAUUUUUCAGUCUUUGGGGCUUUAACAUGCCAACAUGUCAGAUCAGCUUGGUCAAACUAGAUCUGCUGGAAGUCAUGCAUGUCCUCAUUUAGCUAAACAAACCCUUUUGUGUCGGGUCCUGGUCAAACCACACCACAUCCUCAUUUACCAAUAUGACAGAUUUUGUGUUCACUGUACAUCCUUAUAUGGGCAUACUGCUUUCAUCAGAUGCUUGUAUUGUGACAGCAGGUUUGUUUGACAGGAACAACUUCCCAUUUACAACAGAAUGAAAAAAUCAUUAGCAUAUGGCAUAACAUCUCUCGUGAGAGUUUAGCUUCCUGUUUUAUAGAUACUCACAAUUUAACCACAGAUUAUUCAUGAGAAAUGUUUAGAGAGGACCAUCUUACUGUAUGUGACACAUCAUGCUUCACGGAGCAUAAUGCACUGAAACAAUUCAUCUAAACCACUGAUCUUUAACUCCCCACAGGGUGAAAAUUGUUUAGACUGCAAUGUGACAUUAUUUAUAAAGUGAAGUGCCAUCAAAUUUGAGCGGAUCUGUGUGCUGCUAAUUAAUCAGUCAAGCAAUGAAUCACUUGAUCAAUCAAUACCAUCAAUUUCAAAUUAAAUUUACCAAAUCCUUUCUAGAAAAAUAGAGUCUUUACUCAUCUGCACUUUUCCCCACAUUUAUACGGCACUAACAUCUUUAAAUCUGACAGUUGAUCAUUAAUUAACCAAUAACGGGUUAACCAGUUAUAACCAAGGUAUUCUGUAAGACGGGGCAGUUUGAGUUCAGCUAGCUCCAUGUUGUCUUAUUUGUAUUUUUGAACAAACUUUUCCAAAGUGCAAUUAAUUAUGUGUACAUAUUUAUUUGU